AUGGCCACACUCCCCGCCCGUCUGGCAAAGGCCACAAAGUCCAUCAACUCUUGGGAAGAGGCCCGAAGCGCCUCUCUUGCUGCCUACCGCACAUGGUACAGAUCCGCCCCUGAGAUUGUGCAGCUCUAUGGACUGCAUGUAUCCCCCACCCUCGUCCGAAUGAAGAUCAGACAAGAUUUCGAGAGAAACAGGGAAACCAUCACCGACCUCUCUGUGAUGAACAUUAUGCUGCUCAAGAACCACCAGGAGUUCCAGGAGACCAUGAACUUGUGGAAGCAGGAACCCCAUAUCAUGCACUGGUUCAAGUCGAUCGAAGACCCUCCCAAACCCAAGACCUUCCUCGACAAAUUCUACGCUGGCCGAGACGACCCAUCACAACUCGAGCCUACGUACUAG